AUGUCUCUAGAUCCACGCGAUUCCCGCACAAGAGCCCGGUCUAAGAGUCCGGGCCGUCGCGAUGCCUCGCGUAGUAGAGGUGAUGGGGGGGAAGAGAGGGAGCAUUCGCGGGUCAGGGCGCCGAGUCCGCCUACGAGUCGGUAUGAGGAACGGGAAACUACGAUUACUCGAGGAGGGAGGGAGAGGGAGCCGGAUAUUGUGACUGCUGAGCCUAGAGGGUUGGCGUAUGGUGCAGCGUCGCAGUAUCGAGAUCACUCCCCCGCACCUGGUGCGCGCGAACGCGAACGUGAACGCGAUCCGUAUGCGGUGCCUGGUGGAUUCAAGGAGGAGGAGGAGCGACGCGAUGUUAGGUACAACGACAGCAGAGGGGGGAGGGAGAAGGAAUAUUACAAGGAGAACACUUAUUCGAGGGAGGAAGUGUAUAAGGAUGAGUAUGGACGGCCCACGAGCCCGCCUUCGAGGGAGAGAUAUGAGUAUGAGAGGGAGCGCGAGAGGGAGCGCGAGAGAGAAAAGGAGAGAGAUCCGAGACUCUACGAGGAUCAACAUGCCAGACAGAGGAGCGGCUCGUUCAAUGUCCAGGCGGGGCAUUCGAGUAUCUCUGGUGGCAUCAGUAUCGGGCACGAUAAACAUGGAAGGUCACCAUACGAGCAAUCUCCUUCUCCUCCUCAUGGCCCUCCUCCUGGUUCUUCCUAUAUGCCGCCCUAUAGAACGUCGCCGCCUUCCAAGAUGUCCUCGUAUGCGGAGCCGAAGAAGUGGGAGUAUGCGCAGCCAGAUGAAAAUAUCACCUAUUCGAGGCAAGAUAAAACGUAUGGGGCUCGUCCUGCCAGUCCUCCGCAACAAUACAACUCGAGGGACUCGAAACCGCAAUCUCGUCGUGAUCGUGAACGCCAUGGCAGCAGCGAUGCGCUGGCCUAUGGAGCGGAUUCUUCUGCGAGGUCUUCUAAGUCGCAGAUUGUUACUGUUGAGCCUGGAGCACGAUAUCGUCGAGAUGCUUCACCGAAUCCAGGACUGGCUCCUAGAAUGCACUCACUUUCCGUAUCUACCGGAAAUCAUGGUGGAGCUUCAAUGAGUCUAGCAAAUGCGCCAGGGUCACCAUUACUCGAAGCAUACCACGGCACAUACCAAUCAAUCUCGCCCAUGCCAUCACCACUUCUCAUAGCCUCCCACUCACACUCCGACGUCAACUUGAUAGAACCGCUCUCCCCAUACGGUUCCGACGAUGACCGAAGAGGAGGCAAGAAAGGUAGACGAACAGCACGCUUCCACGACCCAGAAGAGGAAGCAACCAUCUUAGCCAAAGCCCUAAAAGGCGAAAAGCGCCACCCAGACACCCAGCCUCUCAUCGAAAUCCUUCCCGGUCUUACACACGAACAAGUGCUCGACCUGCGGGUGGAAUAUAAACGGAUCGUCAAAACGGGUUCGGAGAAAAAAGGCGUCAAUAUUGCUAAGCACAUUAAGAUGCGUUUGAAAGAAGAAGAUUCCUCGCUCAUGAAAGCUUGCUAUGCUUGCGCGUUGGGGAAAUGGGAAAGUGAGGCGUAUUGGGCGAAUUUCUGGUACCAAGGCGAGAAAUCACGACGCGAGCUAUUGAUUGAAUCCCUGAUGGGGCGUACGAACCGCGAGAUCAGGCAAAUCAAAGACGGGUUCUCGGAUAAGAAGUACAGCGAUAGUCUAGUCAAGUGCAUGAAGACCGAGCUCAAGGAAGAUAAGUUUAAGAAAGCGGUUCUAUUAGUUCUUGACGAGAGGAAGAUGGAGGAGCGGCCGGGGUAUGGAAUCGAUCGUGAUUUGCUAGAGGAUGAUGUGCGGGAUUUGCACAAGGCGGUUAGGAGUGAGAAGGGGGGCGAGAGCGCAAUGAUUGGCAUUAUUGUUGUGAGGAGUGAUUCUCAUUUGAAAGAGGUGCUUAGGGCGUAUGAGAGUACAUACCGAGCGAACUUUGCAAGGGAGAUGUUAAAGAAGAGUGGCAAUUUGGUUGGCGAACUCCUAGCACACAUCCUCAACGGCGUAAUCAACAAGCCGGUCCGCGACGCCCUGCUCGUGCACCAUGCGCUCUCCCUCUCCAAAUCAGACAGCAUCCGAACCGAGCUCCUCAUCUCGCGUCUCGUGCGCUACCAUUGGGACCGUCCGCACAUGGAGGCCGUGAAGAGGGAGUACAGGAAUCGCUACGGCAUUGAGAUGCAGAAGGCUGUCGCCGAGGGCACGCGCAGUGAUUGGGGACGCUUUUGUGAGAUGCUAUGUGUGAGACGCAUGGGGGAUGAGGUUAGGGAGGUUACGAGGGUCGAUGAAUAUUCUGAGAGGAGGAUUGAGAGGCAUUAA